AUGCCCUCCCGUCGCAAUAUGAGCUGGAGAAAGCCGGUACCCAAACUGAUCCCUGAUCCCCCGCCACAGUCGGCAUUCUUCAGCAGGUCCACGCUGACACGUUUCUCAGCAUCAUACGUCAACAAGGACGUGCCUCCUUUACCGACUGAAUGGCACGAGAAUGUUGAACACGCCACGGACCAGGAAAAGCGACAUGCCUUGUACAUUACUUCAGAAGGUGAAUCGCAGCCUGAUGAGGAGCCUGGUAGCCUAUAUGCCUCGAGUGAAAAUGUCGCCACACGAGCGGCGGCAGAACUGAGUGACGUUCCGUGUCACUCUGCAUCAAAAGAAAUUGACUACGACGUUGAUGUUCCCGCAUCGCCACCCUCUCAUAGCAUGAGAGCACAUCGCUCAUUGCCUCAUAUAUAUCGUCCACCUACUCCGCCUCGCCCGGGAAGACAUGCAAGACGUUCUGCGGAAACUCUGGAACCGCAUUGCUUGGUCUCCCCUAAUGUACCAAGUCACCCUGUGUAUCCACUUCUCAAUCCAUGCAACUACGAUACCACUUCGAAUUUCUCUGCGCUGAUGUCGCCUCACAUGUCAUUUGAGGCCACCUAUUCCCGGGAGGAAUUCCCUCCCCCAGCCGGAGUCUCUGAGGUAGUCAAGAGUGGCAAAUCACACAGCCGACGGUUCUCGUCUGUCGGCCUCGCGAAAGUGGAUUCCGGUCCGCGGCGGUGCGGAGACACUUUCGCCAGUAUUUGGGGAGACGUCAAGGCUCUGGGAGGUUACGUUCGCGUCAAAAUCAAUCAUAUGCUGAAGUCCGACAAUGCGACAGCACAAACAUGCUAA